AUGGACUGCGACGCGCUGCCCCGGACCGCGCCCCCCGUGCCAGGCGUCUCCGGAGGCGGCUGCCCCGGACGACGAGGAGGCCCCUCGGGGGCCCCGGAGCUGUUGCGCUGCAGCCGCCGGCGACAGCCCCAGCCCGGAGCGGCCGAGCCCGGCGUCGGGACUGGCACCGCGGCCGUGGCACGCCGCAACGAGCGCGAGCGGAACCGGGUGAAGCUGGUGAACUUGGGGUUCCAGGCCCUGCGGCAGCACGUCCCGCUGGCGGGUGCCACCAAGAAGCUGAGCAAGGUGGAGACGCUGCGCUCGGCCGCACAGUACAUCCGCGCGCUGCAGCGCCAACUGGCCGAGCACGACUCCGCGCGCGCCCAGGGCGCACGGCCGGACGCCGCCGCCGCCUCCUCGCCCUCGCCUCGCUCGUCUUCCCCGGGGUCUCCGGGCUCGGACUACUUGUCGGACGACAGCGCCAGUCGUGGGGAGCUGAGCCCCGAGGAGCGCGAACUCCUGGAUUGGUGCUGGUUGGGGGUGUACUGA